AUGAAUUUUGAGCCACCUAAAAUUGUUCAAGACGCUGCUAAGGAAGCAUUGACUGUUGUAGAAGCUAAUCAAUAUAGUCAUCCUCGUGGACGUGCUCGUUUAAGAAAUGCUUUGAAAGCGUCUUAUAGCAAAUUGUUCAAUCGUGAUUUGGAUCCAGAAACAGAAAUCUUGAUAACAGCAGGAGCAAAUGAAGGUAUGUUUGCUACAUUUGCGGCCUUUUUAGACAAAGAUGAUGAGGUCAUAUGUAUGGAACCGUUCUUUGAUCAGUAUAUUGCCAAUAUCACAAUGAAUGGCGGCAAGCCAGUUUAUGUACCUCUUCGACCUCCUGCCGAUGCUUCAGACCGGGUCAUAUCAUCUGCUGAAUGGAAACUGGAUAUCGAAGAGUUAAAAUCAAAAAUCACCUCCAAAACAAAAAUGAUUGUAUUAAAUACACCGCAUAAUCCUAUUGGAAAAGUAUUCAAUGAAGACGAACUAAAAGCAAUUGGACAGGUCGCAAAGGAGCACAAUUUGAUUAUCUUAUCGGAUGAAGUGUAUGACCGUCUCUACUAUCCUCCUCUGAGUAAAUUUCCACGUAUCGCUACUCUCAGCGACGAUCUGUGGCAACGCACUAUCACCGUUGGUUCCGGCGGUAAGUCCUUUGCUGCCACAGGUUGGCGAGUAGGGUGGCUGAUCGGUCCCGACCAUCUCAUACAGCACGCUUUCGCUGCUCAAACACGCGUUGUAUUUUGUGUGAAUUCACCAUGUCAAGAAGCUAUUGCUGCCGGUCUCGAAGAGUCCGCUAAUGAAGGUUCCACACUUUUUCCAGAUCAGAUCAACAGUUAUUUACGUAAGCGUAGUAUUCUGGCUGAUCUUUUUGAUGAGCUGAAUUUACCCUAUACCAUGCCCGAGGGAGCCUAUUAUAUAUUGGUCAACACGGCAAAGAUUCAGAUACCCAAAGAGUUUGAAUUCCCUGCUAUUUUGGAUGAACGUGGUGACGAUUUUAAAAUGUGUUACUGGUUGACAAAACAAAUAGGCGUCUGCGCUAUUCCCCCUUCCGAAUUUUAUGAAAAGCAGCACUGGCCAUUAGCCGCCAAUUUUGCUCGAUUCGCAUUUUGUAAAACAGAUGACGUAUUGGAACAAGCUGUGGAAAGAUUAAAAGGUUUGAAGGCGUAUAUUAAAUAA